AUGAAGACACAGUCACAAGAGGCCCUUUCUCGGGACGAAAACAAAAUGAGGAAAACAAAAGUCUUUGGAGGCUCUUCUCACCCGGAGCUCACUUCGUUGAUCACCGGUCGCCUCGGUGUCGAGCCCGGUGCAGUCAAGCUGUCCCAGUUCAAGAACAAGGAGACAUCUGUCGAAAUCGGUGUCUCUGUCCGUAACGAGGAUGUCUUCAUUAUCCAGUCUGGAUCUCCCAAGAUCAACGACUCCCUCAUGGAGCUCUUGAUCAUGAUCAACGCCUGCAAGGGUUCCUCUGCCCAGCGCAUCACAGCCGUCAUCCCUUACUUCCCUUACUCCAAGCAAUCCAAGAAGAAGAAGCACCGUGGCGCCAUCGCAGCCAAGUUGGUGGCCAACAUCCUCUCGAUCUCGGGAGUGGACCAUAUCAUCACUAUGGACUUGCACGCCUCGCAAAUGCAGGGAUUCUUUAACCUCCCUGUCGACAACUUGUAUGCCGAGCCCUCCAUCGGCAAGUGGAUCCAGGAGCACGUUGACGAUUGGGAGAACGGUGUCGUUGUUAGUAAGAACGCUGGAGGAGCCAAGAGGGUAACCUCGUUGGCAGAUCGCCUCAACAUCGACUUUGCGUUGAUUCACAUGGACAGGACCAGGAAGGGCCAUGCUCAGGACCCUGACGACUCGCUCUCAAAACCCGAGAAUAUUUACAACCGUCUGGAGGAGGAGGACGAUGAUGAUGAUAGCAUGGUCGAUGCUGAGACUGGUCAUGAGGUUCAACGCGCCGAGGCCGCCGACGAGACCUCAUUGAUGACUCUUGUCGGUGAUGUCCAGGACAAAGUCUGCUUUAUCGUCGAUGAUAUGAUUGACGGAUGCCACUCGUUCUUGGAGGCAGCGGACAACUUGGUCAGCCACGGAGCCAAGCAGGUGUACAUUAUCGCAACCCACGGAAUCCUCAGCGGAAACUCGUUGCGCCAGAUUGAGGAGUGCUCGAACGUCCACAAGAUUGUCGUCACCAACACCUACCCCAUCCCUAUUGAGAAGCGUGCCCUCUGCUCCAAGUUGGUUGUCCUUGAUAUCUCUGCCACCCUUGCCGAGGCUAUCCGCAGAACGCACAACGGCGAGAGUAUCAGUUAUCUCUUCUCCCAGGUUCCCAAGAACUAA